AUGUCCAUGAACUUGCUUCGCCAUGGCUUUAAGGUCACUGUCUGGAACCGCACUCUAUCGCGGUGUGAUGAGUUGGUGGAGCAUGGGGCGACUGUAGGAGAAUCUCCUGCAUCAGUGAUUAAGAAAUGCAAGUACACCAUUGCCAUGUUGUCUGAUCCUGCUGCAGCUCUAUCGGUGGUUUUUGGUGAAGAUGGUGUUCUGGAGCAAAUUGGUACUGGAAAAGGCUACAUUGACAUGUCGACCGUUGAUGCCGAGACUUCUUGCAAGAUCAGUGAGGCUAUCACGUCAAAGGGUGGUUCUUUUCUUGAAGCUCCAGUAUCGGGUAGCAAAAAACCAGCUGAGGACGGUCAACUAGUAAUCCUUGCUGCUGGAGAAAAGACGCUAUACGAUGCAGUGCUGCCUGCUUUUGAUGUAUUGGGAAAAAAAUCAUUUUUCCUGGGCCAAGUUGGAAAUGGAGCAAAAUUGAAGCUCGUCGUGAACAUGAUAAUGGGCAGUAUGAUGAAUGCAUUCUCCGAGGGACUUGUGUUGGCCGAUAAAAGCGGACUGGACCCACUUGCCCUCCUCGAUGUGCUGGAUCUUGGUGCUAUGGCGAACCCAAUGUUCAAAAUGAAGGGACCAUCCAUGAUAAAGGGCAGUUAUUCACCAGCUUUCCCUCUGAAACACCAGCAGAAAGACAUGAGGUUGGCGAUUGCUCUUGGUGAUGAAAAUGCCGUGCCCAUGCCACUUGCAGCUGCUGCUAACGAGGCAUUCAAAAAAGCGAGGAGCAUGGGACUUGGGGACCUCGACUUUUCUGCUGUUCAUGAAACUGUUGCAUCUGGCAAAAGCUCAUCCUAA